AUGAAUGCCGUCGAAGCGACACUUACAGGUGUUGAAUGGCAGCCGUCGGCCAGCGGCGGUUCGAUUACCGCAACAUCGGUUCCACAAGCAAGCACAAUUUAUGUAAAAUGCACGUCCACGCAACAAACAGUCACUCAUGACGUCAGAGGACCCGCCCCCCAGGAAUCUGAAGAGAAGAACUGCACCGUUCAGAUUUCAAUUUGGGGACCACCCAAGGAGGCAUUGACUGAUUACCCCGAACCCAGUAAGCUUGCGAGCAAUUCCCUGCGACCACUACUCUUCACAAUACACCUCAAUUGCAGUAGCCGGAAUAGUUGGUUUUUCAGUUCUUUGUCGCUUUUGAGCUCCCAUAUUAUUCUGGCGUUUGCUGUGUUUUUUCUUGUGGGCUUCUGUCCAGGCACCUGCAAGGAGAGUGAUACGCUCAAUCUUCAAAUUACCUCUGCCAAUCAAUCGGUAACCUUUGCUUGCGGGGCCAACCAAAAUCUUACUCCACAACUUUUUGAUAAGGUCUGUGAAACCGACACAUGCGAUUCCCAGGCCCUGCUAGCACACACCCUUUCCGGCGCCUCCAUGGUGCAGCACGCCUCCCAAAAAGGAAAAACAGACACCUCAGCCUACACGCUGACAGUACCAAACCUUCCUGAUCAAGCCAAGACACUUUACUAUAAGUGCGCGGGCACCACCAACCAAGGUGGUAAAGUGACAGAAUGCAAGAUAGCAAUCGCAGUCGCACAGGCAGAAGCCGGCGACGGAUCAAGUGGGCUGUCUUCUGAAACCACAACGAUACCCCCCGAGGCCUCUGGAAGUAGCGCCGGGAAAUGGAGCACGACACAUAUCGCCUCUCUCUUCAAUCUUCCUCUGGUGUUGUCAAAUAUGAUGUGA